ACACAAAUGCGAGGGAACCAAGCCGCCGCCAUUGAAAAAAAAAGGAGGGUCAGCAGAAAUAACGCACAAAUAUCCGUCUCCAUCUGCCGCACCGCUUGACCCACGCCCUCCACACCCCGGCAGCGGCUCAGCAGGAUGACCCCCGCAGCAGCAGAGUCAGAGUUCGCGAGGGUGGUGAGGGUGAAAAGGCUUCUCACCAAGGCCAAGAAGGGACUGCCAGAGACAUGCAGCUUCUACAACACACUCUAUAUGCACACCAAGUUCCUGGAUAAGUGUGAGUUUUUCAUCCCGCAAGACAAACGACUCGACACCAUCAUCAUGUGGAAGAUGGCCAAGAUAGGGAAGGCGACCCGACCAAAACAUCAACAAGUGGGUCUACUGAACUACGACCGCCCUGAAGCUGUGAUGAAGCUGCUCAACAAGACAAGGCUGCUGGACUGGACACUGCCGACCUCCUUCCUGCACCUCCCCGCCCCCCUGGUGGACCCUAUAACACAGAUGCUGCAGAGGAAGUUCACAGGGCACACCCACACCUGGCGCGGCACUCAGUUCAUCAUGGACAAGAAGAGCCAGAAGGGUGUUCCUCUUAGGUGUCCCAGUGGGUACCGAUUGGCUCACCUGGGCAAGAGGGGGAUCACGUUGAUGCUGAAGACAAGUCAGUUUAGCAGCGUGUACACCCUGGCAGAGUUCCAGGACUUUUCUGCCAACGUCCCCUGUGUUGGCCUGUUCCUUGACCCCAGCCAGAAGGAGGACUACACCGUGGACAAGAAGCUGCCCCAAGCCGACGAUGCAGACUUCCCCAUCCUUUACGUCGCCGUCUGUUACUCCGGGGCUAUCGGCAUGCUGGGGUGCGACGAAAACCACUGGCAGGACGGCCUGGUGGGUCUGUUGGUGCAGGUGUGUGGCCGCUUGAUGGCCGACAUGGGGCUCAUUUCAAACAUCUGCGUUCAGGACAGCAAUGUGACACUGAGGAGUGUGAUGGACCUGCUGCCUGGCUGGGAGACAGGCAGUGCUGUGACCCGAGCCUGGACCUGUGAUGGAACGCUCUGCCCCUGAACACCACCUGUUCACCUGCCCUUCUUGUCCUUUAUUGUCUAGU